AUGAGCAAUCCUCCAGUAGAAGUAGUUGACCUUGGCACCGUAAAGGGCCGCGCACUUGUUACAACAGCAAAAGUAAAAAAGGGUGAAGUCAUAUUUACAGAGCGCCCGCUUAUAUGUUGCCAGCUUUCGUUUAAUCGAAUCAACGGGCAUAGAUGUUGCGACUACUGUCUCAAGCCUUUGGAGAAUCCUCAAGACAAUGCACGCAGAUUGACUAAACAGGCAUCCCUUAAUCUUCCUGCUGUUCCCGGUGCUCCGCCGUGUGAUUCCGUCAUUCCCAUCUUUCAUUGUUCCGUUUGUCAGACUGAAUAUUGCAGUUUAGAGUGUUCUACCGCCUCCCAAUUAGAGUAUCACACAUUUAUUUGCUCUCCGAAUCAAGAUAAUUCUUUCAACAGACUUGAGGAAUGUUGGCGUUCUUGUCAUCCACUACCCGAAACAGGGACCGUGAUGCUCCUCAUCCGGAUUGCCGCCACUCACUUUGCUGCUCAUUUCUUGAAAAGUGAACGAGCUCAGUAUAUUGUUACCGCCCUUUCUCGAUUUGUCUCCUCUCCUGUUGUUGAAGUUCCAAAUGAAGAUUGUUUAUCUACUAGUUGUUCAUCUACUGCUCUUGCUCACAGGCUUAUGGGUCCAACUUUUGCAGGCGAUCUUAGCCGUUUGCAUGCUCUGUUUAUUGAAUGUGUGGCAGAAAUGUCCCAACGAACUGGUGUGCCUUCUGGUUUGGAGACCAUUCCUCAACAAAUUGGCUUAGAUGGUCUCCUCACGGAACACGGUUUUUGUUCGGCUAUGUGCCUGAUUGGUCGGAAUGGACAAGGAAUUGGUUCCAGCUCACUAGGUUCUUGGGGAAAAGUGGCUGAAAGUGUAGUUGAGCAAAGGGGCAGUCCAGAUGAGGUUGGACGAUUUUCGGACUUUCUUGACCAUCUCUACGAAACUCUGGAUGAGACUGCUGGUGAAUUUCUUAAUGUCGAGGGUGUUGGUCUUUAUGCUCGGCAAAGUCUGAUUAACCACUCGUGCGAUCCAAAUGCCUCGGUUUGCUUUGAAUCUGGCACGAAUGAACUGUCUCUAGUUGCAGAGGAGGAUAUCGACUCUCCAGGAACGGAGCUAACAAUCUGCUAUUUGGAUGAAUGUAUGAUGCAUCGUAGUGGGCAUUCUCGGCGGAAGUAUCUUCGCGAACAUUACCUCUUCAUUUGCAAGUGCUCACGUUGUCAAUACGAAAAGUCCCAACAGGGCUAUGAAAGUGUAACCUCAAAUGAGGAAAUUAACUCAGUCUAUCAUGACUUUAUUUCGUCACUUCUGCUACUCAAUUAUUGUAGUUCAAUGGGUUGCUGUUUCUCAGGAGAAAGCGAAGAGGCAACUCAACAGCCAGAUCCAGUUGAACGCAGGAGGCUCCAAGCUGAAGCAGCUGAACGUAGGCUUCAAGAGCAAGCCAACCGAGGCAUUACUAAUCCUGAAUCAGUCAGACGACGUCAGGAGAAAGCCGCUGAAGUUGAACGCUUGAGGCAAUCUAUGGGAAAUGAAGGAGGUGGUUUGCAAUGGCGAGUAUCCGGUUAG